UUUCAUUUCAAUAUCGUAUACGGAAAGACCAUCUGAGAUACUGCUGUUAUUAUUGUUGACUUUUUCAAUUUUCAUACAUGCAAAACGUUUUCCAGUCCCCAUGUUUCGCGCGUUGCUAUAUUUUUAAGGUGAAAUAAUUGCCCAGAAGUGAUAUUUUAUCGAAGAAGAAGCAAAAACAGUGAUCUGAUCGCAUAAAGAAGUAAAAAAUAAUGCAAACGACCCAAAAACUUUCGCAUAACUAAUUUGCAAAGAGAAGCAAAGUGCAUUGAAAAAUCAGGUGUUGAAAAGUUGUUCACUUUAAGUUGUGUUGUCUUUUUCUUCCUUCACCUAUCUAUAACGUCAGCCUAAUUAAUAUUCAAUCAGUUCUUAAGGACUACCUUCUUUGCAGUGGAAGAUUUAUUCUUUGUACUUUCAAGUGAACAUGACGCAAUGUGAAAUUUUUAGUUCGCCUAUAAUUUGUGUGAAAAUCUAGAACUGAGUAUUGUCAGUGACAAAUUGGUUAAGUGGAUAGUAUUCGUGAAAUUGCAAUUGCAAAGUGAGUGAAACCAAAAAGUUAAGAACGAAAAAUAAAAAUUAAAGCAUAAUGUCGAACAGUAUGUACUACAAAGAAACAUUUCUCAUUGCCAUAACACUUAUCGCCACAACCGCGCUAGCGGAUGAUUAUCAUUCUAAUGAGGAAGUUACAUCGACCAGCAGCCUUGACUUUUUUGAUGUUGAAAAUACUAACGAAUUCUACGAUCCAAGUAAACAAUUGUUGCUGCCAGAUACGUUAAUUAGAGACCAUGUAAUGGCAGACUCCGUCGAAUUGGCCGCAUCCCAAUUCUUAGGAUCUCAAUCGCCCCCCGCUUCUGACAGUUUUAUAUCAAAAAAUAUGCUAACAACAUUGGUGCCGCCGUCUUUUGAUGCUUCUAAGCAGACAAUAUCAACAUUCGAUACGCAACGACCUGUAGCGGACGACGAAGACAUUUUUAAUUAUACAACCACAUCUUCGACAAUGAAUGAGAUCGCCGCAUCGGACCAUUUUCUUUUCACCAAUGUAUCGGCGGAGUCGGAAUUCAUUGAGGAUCAGGACACGAUUCUAACAACAACUCCACGUACGAAGCAAGGAAAGCAAAUAACAAUUUCUAACCUAAAACCACAUGAAGCCCUGCGGAAAUUUGUUCAGGAUUCGUACAUUCGAAGGCCGUUGGCCAUUCUAAUCGACACCGCACACGACAGUCUUGAACGUAUCAAAGAAUUGUGGAUGGACGCCCUUCAACUGAAAGUACCUCUGGAUUGUGUUUUACUUGCAUAUGAUGCAUCAGGUGUUACAGUUACAUAUAACUUCACGAAUACCUGGAUGCUAAUAGCUGGAAUAGAAAGUAUUAAGUCAUCACAAAAUACCCCAGGCAAGACCUUUUUUGGAAUCAUACGAGCAAUUGAAUUAAUCCCGUACGACAGCGCGGUGUUUGUUAGUACCGGGCUCUUGCCAGCCGAUGAGAAUUUGGCACAAUAUGCGGCCAUGGCGUUACUUAAAAAGAGAAUAAGAUUGUAUUUAUCAUGGAUGGGCGACAAACCUCUGACAGAAAACGAAACUCAUCAAGAAGGAGGUGGAACGCUAGGAAGCGUUGCCGUGCGAUCUGGAGGUGAAGUAAUAUUCGCUGAAGAGACGAGAAAUGGAGAGUAUCCAGCAGAUAAUAUGGAUAUAGUGUUCGAUGAGCACACUCAAGGACUUCAGGAUCAGGAGCUCACUAUUACCCCAACCGUGUCUGAUAUUUAUAUCAAAGUGGGUACGGCUCUAAACACGGCUACGUUGGAAACCCCCAACGGCGGUUAGUUGGCCCAAA